AUGGAUGCGCAAUACCAAUUCAGAGCAUCGACAAGAGCCUAUCGGAAACGUCUUCAGGAAUGGGGUAUUUCUAAGUACCAGAGGAAGGGGGCAACUGUGUCGACAGUGACCUCGACACCCUCCUCGGAUCGAUCUGAUCUAGUAGACGGCUGGCACCAUUUUGCUGGCUUGCGCCCAACUACGCAGACCACCGGCAAUUUGCCGACAUACGUCGUGCCCAGCCAGGAAACCGGUGCUGUGGAAGCGCCUGGAUCAGACUCAUCGCUAGGGCAGGCAGGGACGCUGACCACGACCGAGUCACAGGAGGAGUCUUGGCCGUCUGUGGUCCAAGCGGGAAAUUGGCGUGCAUCUUUCAAUUAUGACACUUCUUCUGCUGGUGUUCCUUCUCCUGAGUAUGUUUUGGUACCCGUCGAGGAGCUGACCGCUCAAGUGGAGGCGCAGGCGUGGUGGAGGCCGUCUUGA